AUGGACCUGCUCGGCACCAUCCGCAAGUCGGGCUCCCGCGGCGGCGUCAACUUCAGCUGGGACGAAGUCGCCAACUCGUCGCACCGCGAAAACUACCUGGGUCACAGCCUCAAGGCGCCCGUCGGACGAUGGCAAAAGGGCAAGGACCUCAACUGGUACGCCAAGGCAGACGCGACGGCCGCCGAAGGCGACGAGACGGCCGAGGAGCGCCUCGAGCGCGAGCGAAAGGAAGAGCUGCGCAAGAUCAAGGAGGCGGAGGAGGACGCCAUCGCGCGCACCCUGGGCCUGCCGCCGCCGCAGAGGAACACCACGGGGGCGAACGCCACGGAGGUUGGCACGCAGAGGAAUAUUGGGCCAGCGAGCAGACCGCCUCCGGAUUUGGAUGCGGAGCCUCGGAGGGAACGGUCACGGCGGCACGGCGGCGACUCGGAGAGGAGGGAGCGGCGGCGGCACCGGAGCCGUAGCCGCAGCCGGGACAGGAGGCAUCGACGGCGCAGCCGAGAUCGCGAUGACGACCGAGCUAGGGAUCGCAGCCGCGAUAGACACGACAGGGGCACCGACGAGCGCAGGCGUCGCCGAGAGCGCAGCCGCAGUCGAGGCGAGGAGCGGAGGGACAGGCGACACAGAGACAGGGGCCGGGAUCAGAGCCGGGAGCGACGGCGUUCGACGUCGAGGGAGUAUCGGAAACGAAGCAGGAGCCCGGCUCAUCGGAGGAAGGAGGAGCGGUGA